AGGAAUGUAAUUUAACUAUCUACGAAUACAAUUACAAAACCCUAGCCCUCCCUUCCCAUUGUUUAUAAGAUAACCCUAAUACCUCAAACUGAACGUUCUCUCCAGCCUCCGCUUCUCUGUCUACAAGGAUCUCCUUCAAACAACAAAAAUGGCUUCGGAGAAGAAGCUCUCAAACCCAAUGAGAGAGAUUAAGGUACAGAAGCUUGUACUAAAUAUAUCCGUCGGAGAAAGCGGUGAUAGGCUCACUCGUGCUGCUAAGGUGCUCGAGCAACUUAGCGGUCAGACUCCUGUCUUCUCUAAGGCUAGGUACACUGUUCGAUCUUUUGGUAUCAGGCGUAAUGAAAAGAUUGCUUGCUAUGUGACCGUGAGGGGGGACAAAGCUAUGCAGCUACUUGAAAGUGGUUUGAAAGUGAAGGAAUACGAGCUGUUGAGAAGAAACUUCAGUGACACUGGUUGCUUUGGAUUUGGAAUCCAGGAGCACAUUGAUCUUGGCAUCAAGUAUGAUCCUUCAACUGGUAUUUAUGGUAUGGAUUUCUAUGUUGUUUUGGAGCGUCCAGGCUAUCGCGUUGGUCGUCGCAGAAGAUGCAAGUCAAAGGUCGGUAUUCAGCACCGGGUUACCAAGGAGGAUGCAAUGAAGUGGUUUCAGGUGAAAUAUGAAGGUGUCAUCCUCAACAAGGCCCAGAAUAUUACAUCGUAGAAAGUGUUGGUUUUUCAAGUAAUAUUUUGCAGAAUGUCUUUUUAUUUUGUUGGGAGUUAUGUAACUUCUGAAGAGAAUUUUGGAUUUGGUAGAAUCUUGUUUACUAUAAUUUUGGAUUGGUUAGAAUCUGAAAUACUAUUUCUGGUCAUCAUUCUAUUUUAAUUGUGCGUGCUUUACUUA